AUGUCAAAUCCACUCUCGCCCCUCUCAUCCUCCUACCAGAACGCGCGCGCACAAUGUCAAUUGGCGAAUUCUUCGCCCUUCCUUCACAAGACCCUUGGUCAGCCCUCGGAACAUACUGUUACCUCAAGUUCAUUGAAUCUAGGGUGGACAAACCACGCUGCGCCGAGUCCGAAUGCCUAUGAUGAAAAUGAACCCUACUACCAUAACGAACCCGAGAACGAUAAUGAACACGAUAAUGACGAUUUCAACGAUGUCGAAUCAUACCAACAAGGUGCGAGCUCACCAUUUCAGUUUGUGGGACGCGAAGACACCGUAGAUUUCCAGAAGCUGCGCGAAAUGCGACAGACCUCGUCCCAAUCACACCCACAACUUGGACCGCUAGAGGAGGAGAGCCCUGUAAGCUCUCCCUUUCGUCCACAUCCGACGGAGGAUACAGUUGAUUUUCGAGGGUUGCGCGAGGUGCAGUACAUGUCCCCAGGCUUGGAAAAGCGGCUGGCUCUAGGGGAGCCAAUGAGCUCUCCCUUCCGUCCUAACGCCAGUGAAGAUACCAUGGACUUCCAAGAUUUGCAGCCGGAGCAACAUUCAUCUCUUCUGCCAUACCCACAACUUGAGUCAUUGGAGGAGGAGAGCCCCGAAAGUUCUCCGUCCCGACCUCAUUUCCGAGAAGAGACAGCGGGGUUUCAAAAACUGCUCGAGGUCCAGCCUAUGUCUCCUGGAUUGGGAAGGCGGCUAGCUCUAGAGGAGCCGGCGAGCUCCCCAUUCCGCCCCGAUGCGCGGGAAGAGACGGUUGACCUUGAUCGCUUGCGCGGAAUUCAGAAUGACUCGCCAAUUCCCAAAGCGCGGCCAUUGCCUGAUCCCGCUGAUUUGACUUUCCACCAUGAGGCGAAAAAUGCGACAGUCGGUUCCUCGGAACCAGAUGAGAUGCAACACGAUUCACCAAUGGUGUCUAAGUAUUCUUCGCCGACUGUGGCACUGGAUUCGCCUAUCCACACUGAAGUGCUAGAGACAGCGGCUGAUUCACCGAAGCUACGUGAGUUGAAGCAAGACUCACCGGUAGCAUCGAAGCGUCCAUCCCUUGCUACGGAAUUGAGCUUGCCCACCUACGACGAAGCACCAGAGACAGUUGAUUCUCCCAUGGCACAUGCGCAUGCGGAGCCACCGCCAGCUACCAACUCCUCUUCCCCUAUUCCAGUACCUACUUCGUUCUUCCAGCCAAGUCCCAAGGAAACCACCCUCGAUCUUCAUAAGUCGCGCCGGAUGUCUCGUUUAUCCCUUGGGCUGGGUGGCCAGCGCUCGGUUGCAGCAACUCCCCGCAAACGAUCUUACGAACAAACACCUCAGGAUCUGGAGGACAAUUUACAGAUGAACGAGCGCCAUAAGAAAGGUAUGGUGAGCCGACCCGAUGCACCCACGAUUCACAUCGAUGCCAAAGAGGAGCCUAGUAUACUCCAUGACCAGAGCGUCCUUUCCGCUACAAGUGCCAUGCAUGACCGAUCAGCCAUCGGCAACAGCAUGAUGGAGGACAGACAUAAUGAAGGGAUGAGCACAGUACUUCAUGAAAAUGGAGAUAAAGAGAAUGUCUCACACGACAAUUCGAUGGUUGAGGACUCAAUGGAUGACACCUGCUUAAGCACAUUUUCCGCCAUCCCUGAUAUGACUACGUUUGCAAAACUCCGCACCCAGUCGCCGAUGAAGUCGGUGCGAGGCAGUGUCGCCCCCAGCCCGGCUCCCACUGUGGACGGGCACCGACACAGCGUCAAUCCGGUCACCCCGAGCCCAGGGCGUAGGGCAUGCAGAGCGAGUCCCUACCUAGAUGCACAUUCACCAAUGGGAUCGCCUACUCCGAGACCUAGAGGCCCCCGGGACAUGGCUCAUCCCGUCGACUCUACCAAUUUGUUUGAUUUCACUGAUGAAAUGAACUUCUUCCCUCGUCAGACCAUUCAAAGUGCCCGUUUCUCUUCCUCGCGGCGUUCGGCCAUGCGAUCGGCCCGGCAAUCCAUUCGAUCUCCCGGGAAGAUGUCGUCACUGUUGGACUUUGAUAUUCCGGCUGUGCUUACUCCUCGAUCCAUUCCCACAGUCACUCCACGUGAAUUGGAGUCAUUGAAGUCCGGCUUCUUAUCUGACAUAUCUUCGCUCAAAGCUACUCUUAGUGGCAAAGAGGCCGAGGUUGCCAGCCUCAAGAAAGCAGUGGCGGACGCAGAGAGACGUGUCGGCGAAGCUCUCGAAGAAGUGCACAACGAAGCUGCCGGUAGAGAGGUACUGGAGAUUGAACAAGCGGAGUUGGAACGUCGAGUCGAUGAGAUGGAAACUGUUCUGCGGUCCGCCCGCUCCGAAUUAGUCGAGGGAGAGCGAGAGCGUGACCGUCUGUCUCGAAAGACGGAAGAGGCCGACAAACGCAAGGAGACUUUAGAAAGCAAAGUUGUCGAACUCGAACGCCAGCUUUCUGCUGCACGUGCUGCGACUGUAUCUAGCACUGGUAAAGCUGGCCCAUCUCACCAGCUUUCUAACUCAGCUGAAGAUACUGCCCGAGAAGUUCAGGAUGCUGUUGAAAAGGUCGCGCGCGAGCUUCAUGUGCUCUACAAGGGCAAACAUGAGACCAAGGUUGCGGCCUUGAAGAAGAGCUACGAAUCUCGCUGGGAGAAGCGUUUGCGUGAGGCGGAGAAGAAACUUACCGCCGCACGCGAGGAAAAUAAACAUCUCCGUAUCGAACGUGAUACUGCGCAAUCUGAUUCAAUGGCCACGGCUAACGCCAGUUCCUUCGCUCGCGAGAAUGACGAGCACGAGGCCGAAAAGCGUGCCUUGGGGGCCCAGAUCGAGGGUCUGAAGCGAGAAAUGGCUGCUCUGAAAGAUUAUGCCGAGCGAACUCGUGCAAACCUGGAAUCUGAACGCGCCGAGAAAAGCGAGCUUGUUGCCGCUGUCGAUGAGUGGCUAGCCAUGCAGCAGGCGCCCGUCCCAUCUCAGCCUCGAGACCGCGAGCCCUCUGUGGCAUCUUCUGUGCACAAUGACCACAUUGACAAGCCAGCUCAGCCAUCUCGUGAAGUCACCCCCGACGAGUUCCGUCGCAGUAUCGGCCGUUCUGUGUCUGAAAGCAUCCGGCCCCCUGCCACUACGGAAAAGAGCAUCCCUAGAUACGGUGCUCCCGGGGGUCAAACUCGUGGUAAUAUCGGUGGCAGAUCUGGCAUUGCAAUGCCUACUCCCGGCCGAGGCGGGAUCAUGAGUUCAAUUGAGAGGAUGGGCCGUGGCGGCGUUUAG